GAACUGAGUACAAUAAUUUUUAGAAAGCACACUUAUAGUGCAACAGACAAAGAAUGAAAAAUUUAGUGGUUUUUGGAACUGAUUCGCAUCCACGAUUAACAGAGGCCAUAUGUGAACAUUUAUGUUUGGACGUUGGCCGCGCCGAAAUUGGAAAAUUUAGCAAUGGAGAAACCUCUGUGAAAGUGAAACAAUCUGUUCGUGGUUGCGAUGUCUAUAUUAUUAGCCCGGCUUCCGGUCAAGUUAACGACCACUUAAUGGAGCUCUUGGUUAUGAUUUCUGCGUGUAAAACUGCCUCUGCCAUAAAGGUCACUGCCGUCUUGCCUGUUUUUCCUUAUAGUCGUCAACCAGACCAAAUUUUUUCUUCUCGGGGUGCUCCUCUUUUAGGGUCUUCCGCCAAAGGAAGUAUAGAACCAAAGCGCACUUCUCCAUAUCAAUCAUGGAUUGCUCAGUCUGGAACUUUAGUUGCUGAUUUGUUGAUGUGUGCUGGUGCUGACCACAUCAUUACUAUGGAUCUUCAUGACCCUCAGUUUCAAGGUUUUUUUGACAUUCCUGUCGAUAAUUUGUUUGGUCGCCCGUUAUUGAAACACUACAUUGCUUUGAACAUUCCCGACUAUCAAAAUGGAGUAUGUAUCUCUCCUGAUGCUGGUGGCGCCAAACGGGCCACUGCUAUAGCUGAUUCUUUAGGUUUGGAUUUUGCUUUGAUUCAUAAGAACCGCCGUCACGAGUCGGGAACCUCAUUAAUGCUUGUUGGUGAUGUACAAGACAAAAUAGCGAUUUUAAUUGAUGAUUUAAUUGACACUGCUUCUACCUUGGUGAGUGCCGCCGAAUUCGUGAAGAAGCAUGGAGCUAGCCAAGUAUAUGCUCUUGUUACACAUUGCGUCCUGUCUGGCGAUGCCAUUGAGCGUGUUAAACAAUCCUGUAUUGACAAAUUAAUUGUUACCAAUACAGCACCACAAACAAUAGAACCAAGUAAUUGUUUCGACGUAAUUGAUGUUUCUCCUACUUUCGCUGAGGCUAUCCGUCGCAUACACAAUGGUGAAAGUAUCUCCAUUUUAUAUGACCAAAAUAAUGUUUGGUUUUAGAGCCGUUGAUAUCGAUUUGUACAUAUUUAUUGUUUUUUUUUUGCCAAUGCAGUUUUCUCCAUUGGCAUGACAAAAAAGCUUUGACAUUUUUAACUAUGAUUGUCAUAUUCUUUUUGGGAUACUUUUGAUUUGCUAUUGUUUGUUUUUUUAAGGGUCAGAAAAUAGAUAUUUUUCAGACAACUUCUUAAUAAAUAUACUUUUUUUAGAUCAAUUAAUUGCAUUGAUAUGGAAUCUAUGGUAGG